AUGCUCAAAAUGACACCAAGCAAGCAGCUGCUAUUUAUGCAGCGGGUGCUUUUCAUCUUCGAGGUGGCCCGGGCCAAGGCUGGCAAGGCCCAAGUUCUACGGCUGAGCUUGCAGCAUUGGCUCCAGGAAGCUGACAUCUCUUGCCUGGCCGGUCACAUCUUGGAUGAGAUGUCUACACGUAGAAACACGGACAAUCUACUCUUGUUCCAGGCUGACACAGUGACCAAGUUGAACAAGCAGUUCAUCGAAGGGGACUUCAAUGAUGAGCUCAAAGAUGCUUUGGAGUGGCAGAUGGCAAGCUUUCAACCAAGUGAUCUUGGCAUGUGGCAGGACAAUCUUGCUGAGCUGUCGAAGAAGACCUCAUGCCUAGAUGACGCUGAUGGAAAGAUUGGGGAAUUGGAGCUGUCGAAAAACAAGGCUCUCUUUGAGGCAGAUGCCUUAUCCCUAGCCAGGGAUGCAGCACAAUGCGCCAACUUGUUCCAGAAAACACAGCAGAACGAUCGCGCUCUUCGAUUGGCCAAAGUGAUGCACAUCAAGCAAGAGAACAGCAUUGGCGCAAGCUUGGUGGCAGCUCACAUGGACAAAAGCUGUCAGCACAUCGGUGGACCCAUGACGGUCCUUCAGCCUGCUUUGGACCAGGAGUGGCGUUUCUUGUUUUCAGCUCACCCUGAGUACAUCAGCAAGCUCAAGAAGGAUGAUGGUGCAUUGCUUGUCUGGUGUGAUUACAUGAAGUGCGGGCGGUUGAGCGUUGCUGACCUCAACAACACAACGGAGCUGAUCAAGAGGGCUUUGGAGGCAGCACCGGAGGAUGCAUGCUCCAAGGCCUUGGAUGCAGGUUUGUCCUUUGAGUUCGGAAUUCAAUCUAAACCUAGUGCUGGUGCGGGCCCUGCGAGGAGGGUAGAGGACAAACUGGAUACAAAGAUGCUGCACUCAGAGCCCAUCCAAAUCCGUUGCGAAGUUCCACCCACAAGCAAGAAAGUUGCCUUGACGUUUGCGGGUUGGAUUGUCUUCUUUCGUGGGGCGAUUGAUGGCAAUCGCUGGAGCAAAAGCAUGAUGAUGCAAGACAAGCAUCUAGACAACAUUAUCAGGACCAACAGAGAUUUGCUUCCAUGGGUUCCGGAGAGCCAGUAUGAAGUUCCCACAACCAGCGACAGCCUACCACAUGCUUCUGAGGGGAUGAGGGCCCUUUCGGAAGUUCAGGAGACAGCCCAGUUGCUCACCGGCUCAAGUUUGCCGACCUCUGUGCUGAAAGCCCUGCUCGCAGGAAGCAAUAUUGGUGAUGUUCUUGGCGUCAUCAACCUCACGCCAUACGAUGCAUGUCUGGAAAAGACCUCUUUGCGGUUCCACAAGGACAACCCCCAAAGGAUUCGGGGCUUGGUUUUGUCAACCAACUCGGACUUGGAGUGGAAGCAGGGGAGUGACCUUUUGGGGAACGUCCGUCCCUAUGAUCCUACACCACCGCCUGCGGAACAGAUCGACAUCGACAAGUUUCCGUUUAAACUUGUUGCAGUGGACAUCGAUGACUCCAAGAAGGGAUGGGACAGGUUCAAGUUUAGCUUGAGCAAUGAAGUCCGGUCUCGUUACCUUGAAGAUGCUGUUCACUCAGAGCAGUGGAAGGAGUUAAUCAAAGAAUUCGACCGAAAGUUUGGUGCGAACAUCACUCCCCACCCUGUGACGACAGAGACUGGCAUUGUGCCUGCGGAGCCAGAAGAGGAGGAGGACAUGGCAAGCUGGUCCUCGGAACCGAGGGAGUUGCAGGGCCUCAUGGAUUCGUAUGUGGUGGAGUGCCGCUUUCCUGGGCGGCAACCAGGGACUUCACUCUUUCUGGUUCAUGCAGUUCGCAGAAAUUCGGAGUCGGUUGCUAUGGUGCCCAACCAGAAGUUCAAACUCUUCCUAGUUCCUGGGUUGGAAAGUUCCAGGGUUCGCUUCAUGUGCCUCAAUGGUUUGUUUCAGGGAAUCUAA